AUGCCGAGCGUCGGCGAAAAAACUCACGCUCCACCACGAAUCAGAUCGAAAUCGUUGCUGCAGUUGUGCAAUAUGGCUGUGAGUAGGAGAUUCUAUGAAGAGGUAGCAUACGCAGCGGUCCGCUUUGGACGAGUGCCAAAACGCGAAAAAGCGAAAAUGGUCGAGGAAAUGCAACGAACAUCAGCUCAAUCACAGCUUGACGCGUUGGCCGUCCAGUUCGAAAACGAGGCAGACGCUAUUGAAAGGAUCGCGGCGGCGUUCACGUUACUUUGUGGCACGAUCGAGUCUUGCAUCGUUCCGGUGCCAGCUGGUCGGUGUCCAUUGCAGUUUCACUCGUAUCUGACGGCAAUCAAGGGCGUCGUCGAUUUCGCCAACACGAUUCCAGGAUUUCUCUGCCUCGCGCAAUCAGAUCGUAUUCAACUUCUUAAGGUGGGCAGUUUUACGACCCUAUUCCUUGUAUAUUUUCGAUACCAUAAAGUACUGUUGUAA